AUGGAUGGAUCUGAGUGGAAGGCUGCACUUCGCCUUCAGAUCGAAGCACUGGCAAGACGAAAUGAACUGCAUCGACGUUGUAAUAGGGAUUCAGUCUGGAAGCGCACAGCGGAUAUGGACGUGAAAAUUGUAAAGUUGAGGGAAUUGGUUGCCACCGAUGCGAAUUACGCAGCACAGUUCUACUUGGAAUGUGUUUGCCAUGCCGAUGAAACUGAACGGAUACUUAACAGGGCAAAGCGAAAGAAGCCGAAGGUGUUCCGUGAAACAACGUCCACUACAAGUGCACCAACAACUCAAUCAGUACAAAGUACGGUAAGUUUGUGGAAAUCCACCGACGUCGAAUUCGAGGCGUUAAAUAAAUCACUUGUUCAAAGAGCACAUCACUUUUUUUGCUGCUCAACGCAUAUUCGACUUCAUCUGCUUCAGGCCGACUGCUUCCUCUCAUGUCUAGGGUUCGUCAUUGGCAUAGGAAACAUGCUAAGAUUUCCGGCUAAAGUCUACGAAUAUGGAGGUAUUUUUUUCGCGCCAUACUUUGUCUGCCUGAUCUUGAUCGGAUUUCCGAUGCUUCAUCUCCAUUUAUGUAUCGGACAAUAUGCGGGAGAAACUCCUGAUGCUGCUUUUUAUCGUCUCAUGCCUAUCACCUGUGGUCUGGGAUGGGCGUUUGUGUUGGCGGCUAUUCCAGUAAUAAUAUAUCACAACUUCGUUGUUACCUGGUCAUUGCAGUAUCUGUGGUACUCCAUGCUCUCUAUGGUGAUCUCGGAUCGAAUGCCAUGGGAAAACAGAGUUGCGAUUUUUUGUUUACUUCAACACUUUAACUUUUCUUCAACACUUCAGAUUCACGUUUUCAGUUUCGAUAUACUGUCACUUACGAGUUACACACAACUGGCUCCCACUUUACCUCAACGCCAUAUCGUACUGACUCUCACCAGCGCUUGGCUAUUGAUAUUUGUUGGUAUUUGCAAGGGAACAACAUGGAUGUCGUGGGCGUUCCGCUUAACUGCUACAAUACCUUAUCUGAUGCUCUUCAUCCUUCUUAUUCGAGGCCUGUCUUUACCAGGAGCCAACAUAGGAUUGUCGUUUUUGUUCUCUUCAGUGUCUAACAGUGUAUUGUCGCUAAAGAUUUGGUCAGCUGCCGCAGAACAAGUGCUGUUUGAAGUCGGCGUGGGUGCUGGUGCCAUAAUAUCGAUAGCAUCAUAUAGUAAAUAUCGGAAUAACGUCUACCGUGAUGCUGCUCUUCUUGCCAUCAUAAAUGCUUUUACCUCUGUUCUGGCCAGUAUGGUGUUAUUCUCGUUUCUGGGUCUUCUUUUUAUUUUAAAAAAAUGUUCCACAAACGAAGCAAAUUUAAAACUAGUAACAACUUCAGAUCACGAUCCGUUCUAUAUGAUUUUUACUGUAAUUCCCAGCACAACAUCACUAAUGCGAUGGGGUCCGUUAUGGAUGAGCAUAUUAUUCGCCACCGUCGUGUUCUCUGCGAUAGACGCUGAAUUUAUUUGGGUAGAGAUGUUCGCUUCAUCAGUAAUGAAUGUGCUUGGUUCGAAAGAUCGCCGACUGAAUUCACGUGUGAUAGCCGUUAUCUGUUGUCUAGGACUUUUUCUAGAAAUUCCCAUAUGCAACAGUGCUGGAUUUUUCGUAUUUCAUUCCAUGAACUCUCUCAUUUCCAGUGUACCAACGUUCAUUCUAUUAUUUCUUGUGUUGACUGCGUUCACAUAUGUUUACGGUGUCGAUAGAUUUCUCAAGGACGUCUCAUCGAUGCUACGAAUUCCAAUGGCAAAUGGUAGUAAGUGGGUGCACCUUCGAGUUCAAGAGAAACUUCUCGAACUAUUUGGACCAUGCGGUGCAUUUAUACGAAUUUCAUGGGUACUUAUCUGCCCGUGCUUUCUCACGGUGAUUCUCCGAAAGCUACGACGGAACUGGCAAGUUUUAAGUUCUCUAAUGAAUUUAAAUCGACCAUCCUUCUUCUUCUUUGAAUACGUGCCUUUAAACAAGACCGUCCUAGGUGUUCGUCAACAACGUUCGACAAUCAUUCGACGAUUUCGCUCUGAAGAUUCCGUCCAGGCAUUAUCAACAGGAUCUAUAUCAAUCACACCAAUCGGUAUUGCACGACAAAGAUCCUUAAGUUCCGUUGCUAUUUACGACAAUGUUGCCAAAGUGGGUGUUUUAUACUUUACUCCACUACCAUGCUAUACUUCCACACAUCUAUUUUAUUUUGUACCAUAUUUUACUAUUAUGAUAUACAUUUUACCAUAA